GGUACGUCCCCGCCCUGUUGCCAUCCCUAAUUCGAGCCGAAUCCUGCAAGUUUUCUUCGAUGCUAAUUUGGUCAUUAUUUUAUACGGAGUAUCAAGUUUCUCGUUCUCUUCCGGAAAAUCACGCGCCACAGAUUUUAUGCCCGCUCAUCUUCCAGGUAUUCUCUAAUUCGUUUUCAAUCUUACCUAAAUUCUGAAUCCAAAUCUUAUCACGAAGAGCUAAGGAAAUCAGAAGAUGGAUUCGCCAUCUCAGAGUUUACAGUUCUUCGUUCAGUUCCCAGACCUCAAAAUCCCUUCUCGUGCUUUGGUUAUUGAAUCGCCGACCCCCGAUUUCACAAUAAACGACCUCAAAUCAUUCGUCUUGUCCAAAACCCUAACCCUAGAUCAGGAUUCCGUCUAUUUCACCUUUAAUGGGAAACUGGUCCCGGAUUCUACCCCUGUAAAAAGUUCCCUGAUUUCUCCCCUGUCGACCUUAACCCUCCACCGUCGCCUCCUUGGUGGGGGCGGAGAUGGCGGCGCCACAGGGGCGGAAUCUCGAGACUGUUACCUCAAAAUGUAUGCUGAGAAGAAACCUGACAAAAUUGAUGAAAACGAGCGUAGAUUAUCCAAGUGGUUGAAUUGUACGUUGUCAAACGAGCCACUUAGGCACCCUGUGGUGACUGAUAAGCUAGGGAAUCUGUUUAACAAGGAGGCCUUGGUUGAAGCUUUGUUGAGGAAACAAGUACCCAAGCAGUUUUCAUACAUAAAGGGAUUGAAAGAUAUGGUCCCCAUAGAGUUAUCAUCUAUUCCGGGCAUGGAUGGUACUGUCUUGUGUGGUGAGACUAGGUUCCAGUGUCCCAUAUCAGGGUUAGAGUUUAAUGGGAAAUAUAAAUUCUUUGCCCUUAGGACUUGUGGGCAUGUUUUCAGUUCCAAAGCUUUGAAAGAGGUUAAGUCUUCCUCUUGUUUGGUUUGUCACAAAGAAUUUAUGGAGAAUGAUAAGAUUGUGAUAAAUGGGUGUGAAGAUGAGGUUGCAGCAUUAAGAGAGAGGAUGGAGGGAGAAAGGGUAAAACUUAGAGAUGGUAAGAAGACAAAGAAGGUUAAGAAUUGGGAUUUAGCCCAUAAUGUAGAUGGUGGUGAGGUCACACGCCUGAGUGGAACCAAACAUGGUAUUGAUGAUAAGGUUGGAGAGAAGGGGAAAUUGGAACUGAACAAGAAAGUUAGUUCCAAUGGUAAAAUAGAAGUGAAGAAUGUUAUCAAUGGCAAGCGGUUCAAGGCUGUUGAUAAUGCGCCAGUUAAUGCCACCAAAGAAGUGUAUGCAUCUAUUUUCACAUCUUCCAGGAAGUCUGAUUUCAAGGAGACAUAUUCUUGUCGAUCACUGCCACUCGGAAGAAAUUGAUGAGCUGGUAGUAUCUAUGGGGUGAUGAAUUAAAUAGUGUCUUUAUCUGCUUUUAUUUUCAUACUGAGUAUGUAAACCUUCAUUGAUGCAUAGCUGCUUGCUUAGAAGUGGUAUUUAUGUGACGUACUAUUGUGGUCUGUGGAUAAUGGGUUUGUAUUUGAUAAAGUGACUUGAGGUUGACAUUGAGUCUGCGUUGAUGUUUCUAUUCUUCCCUUUGUUAAUGAUUUUAUCUAAUAAUCUAUGGGAAUGCUUUACUGCUUAGGCCUUUCAGUGGCUAAGGGCUAGCAACUUAUAUUUUGGUUACUCAUAA